AUGGCAUUAGAAAUGAAGAUUCUGCAGUUGGAGAUCUACGUCGACUCUAAGAUUAUCAUCAACCAACUUUUGGGGAGUUUCGAGGUAAAGAAGGAAGAUCUAUUGCCAUACCAUCAAUAUGCUUCUGGUUUACUUGAAAAAUUCGACCAAGUGUUCUUAAACCAUGUCUCUAGAGAAGAAAAUCACAAGGUUGAUGCUUUGGCUAACUUGGCUACGACGAUGGCACUUGGAGAGAAUGAGUCAACAAAGAAAUUUGUUGCAAAGAACAAGAUAGAUUGGCAUAAGAAAAUUGGUGAAGCUUUGUGGGCAUACCAGACAACCUUCAGAACUGCUACACAAGCAACUCCUUACUCUUUAGUAUAUGGCGUGGAAGCAGUCCUUUCGUUGGAGCAACAAAUUCCAUCAUUGCGGAUUGCAAUCCAAGAAGGACUCACGUCUGAGGAGAAUGCUCAACUUCACCUAGCAGAAUUAGAGGCAUUGGAUGAGAAAAUAUUAGAAGCACAACAAAAAUUGGAGUGCUAUCAAGCUCGACUAGCUAGAGCCUUCAACAAAAAAGUGCGGCCACGAUCAUUCCAAGUGGGAGACUUAGUCCUAGCUAUUCGACGACCCAUAAUCCUCAACAAACGCAUAGGUGACAAGUUUACCUCAAAAUGGGAUGGGCCGUAUGUUGUGAAAGAAGCCUAUUCAAGUGGAGCAUACAAAAUCGUUGAUAAGGAUGGUCUUAGAGUUGGUCCGAUCAACGGAAAAUUUCUGAAGCAGUACUUCCCAUGA